CUUUGAAUUGAAACAGUUCUUGAAAUGUCUCCUUUACAUAAGGAUUUAAAUAAUAUAAGCAAGCCUAAGGCAUUGUGGCAUCCUUCUGGAAGAUACAUUUCUGAGGGUUCCAACAUAAAAUGCUUCAUGCGCUCUGUUAAUGAGGACUUCAAUCUUGCAAUUGAAAGCUACAAAGAGUUGUAUGAUUGGUCAAUAGAAAACUAUUCUGACUUCUGGAGUCACUGGUGGAAGAGAGGUGGCUUUAUUAGCUCACAUCCUCCUUCACAAACUGUAACAGAACACAAGAGUAUUGCUGAGCUGCCCAAGUGGUUUGUUGGGGCACGACUCAACUUUGCUGAGAACCUCCUGCGCUUCAGAGAUGAAAGUCCCGCCAUCAUUGCACUGAGUGAGGGCGUCACUACUCCUUUCCGACAAACAUACUGUGAACUGUACGAGUCAUCACAGCAAUGGGCCAAAGCCUUACGCAGAGCUGGGGUGAAAGAAGGCACCCGAGUAGCUGGCUACCUACCCAAUGGCUGUGCCGCGGUCCAUGCCAUGCUUGGUGCCACCACCCUGGGUGGAGUUUGGUGCUCUGCAUCUCCAGACUUCGGAGUGACUGGAGUGCUCGACCGACUCCAGCAAGUGCAACCUGAAGUACUUGUUUCUGUUGAAGCAGUUAUUUUUAAUGGCAAGGUAGACGAUCACCUGGACAAGUUACGCAGAGUGGCAGCCUCCCUGCCCAGCCUGAAGCUGGUCAUUGUCGUGCCUAUUGUACACCCUGCUGGGGAGGUGGAUAUCAGCAACGUUCCUCAUGCGGUUCUCAGUGAGGACUUCCUGACGUCAGUCACGACUGACGAAGUCGUGCCCUUUGCGCAAGUCGCGUUCGACGCGCCGCUCUUCAUCAUGUUCUCCUCCGGCACGACCGGGGCGCCGAAGUGCAUCGUGCACGGCGUGGGG